AAAAGAAUGUACAAAAGGUGAUCAGUGGAAUGAUGUGGACCGGAAGCGGCUUCAGCUCAUCUGCUGAGGGUGGAGGGCGAGGAGCAGGAGGGUGAGGCAUCAUAGCGGCCGGGAGACAGAACCGAGCAGGUGUGUGAGAUGAAGUGUCCUGUGGUGGCUGUGCUCGCUGUGAGCACCCUGGUACCGAACGUCCACUGCGCCGCCAACCAAAUCGUCUGGUGUUAUCACCAUUCAAGCUGCAACGAGUCCACCUGGGCCGGCGCCGCGCCCAUGUGCCGUGGCACGCGACAGUCGCCCAUUAACAUCGUCUCACACCUCGCCAGGUCCGACUCCAGCCUGACGCCAUUCACAUUUCGGAACUACAACAGCACCUCGGCCCUGACAACGAUUUCCAACACAGGAAACACAGUUCAAGUCACCAUUGACAGCGGGGUUCAGAUUUCAGGAGGAGGUCUGUCUGAGCCCUAUGACAGCCUACAGUUCCACCUGCACUGGGGCGACGGCUCCUCGGUGCCCGGCUCUGAACACACCGUGGAUGAUAAGCGUUACGCAAUGGAGCUACACAUCGUAAACAGCAAGUCGUCCUACAAUGGAAACACAACUUUGGCUAUUAAAGACUCAGAGGGACUCACUGCACUCGGUUUCUUCAUUGAGGAAAUGCAAGGUAAUGCAACUGAUGAACCUAAAGGCUGGUGGACUUUGACCUCCUACCUGUCCAACAUCACAAACAGCGGCGACUCUGUGUCGAUGGCUCCUGGGAUCUCCCUGGACGACCUCCUGGUCGGGGUGGACCGCACCAAGUAUUACCGCUACCUGGGCUCCCUGACGACCCCCAACUGCAACGAGGCCGUGGUUUGGACCGUGUUCAAGGACCCCAUCAAAGUCAGCAGAGACUUGAUCGGCCUGUUCAGCACCACGAUUCACUUCUCCAACAGCUCAUCACAAUUUAUGACCAAUGUCUACAGGAGCAUCCAGAUAUCACAGGAAGUCACAACUCAGCCUUCAAGCAGCCGCUCUUUGUCCGCUACCUGCUCUCUGGGGCUGGUGGUGCUGAGUCUCAUCCUGGGAACGCUUGAAGUCACCUGCUAGAUGACAGCUACAACAUCAUUGGUCUUCUGUCUUUUUGUACUCGCUUCACUUCUUGUUGGUCUGUGUCAACAAAAUAAAUAUAUGGUGUU